UGAAACUGGGAUGCACAAAAAGUUAUUCUGUAUUUUAGAUCUAGAAUCUAGAUCUAUAUGUGUCAGUGCAAAAUGGGAAAUAUUUUGUUGACGCUCGUUGAGAUGGUGAUUGAACAGUUUCAAAAUGGCGAAAUCCACCAGGUCGUGGGCUGAGAUCUGUGAACCUUGGAUAAAUAAAGAAGAUGGCUCACUUUAUCAAAGAACAUGCGUAGCGCCAGCACCUUCUAAAGAUUUUUUACAAAUUUUUAUUACUGUUGAUCAGAUUAUUUUUCGCAUAUGGAGAAUAUUACCACCAACAAGAGCAGAUGCCAACCAACACCCAGUUGAAAUGAAAUCUAAUUAUACCGACUUUCCUGAUGAUGAUAGGAUGAGAGGUGAAAUUGUGAGAAACUUGGGUGAAAAAGAGUUAAACUACAUAGAUGCUCUCAUUGGUGGCCACAUUGAUUAUUUAAACAGGCUUUCGAGAAAAGUUCUUCUCCGAAUCAUCUUCAACCUUGACCUAACGUCCAUACUGAAGCUGAGUCAAGUGAGCAAAAUGUUCAGAGAGCUUGGAUCUUGUGAUGCUGUCUGGUCCAAGAUCUACAUGGAUCACACAACGCAGCCCAUCACACAUGAGCUGUUGAUGUUGACUGACCAGCAGGGGUGGAAGGAAGUAUUCUUUAUGAACAGAAUACAGCUGCAGAAAUUUUUGCAUCGGCAGCAAGAGAAAACAUCUAAAAGUAACAAGAAAAGAUGAAAUCUUGAAAAUGUCAUCAUUGGAAUCAAAACUAACUUUGACACUUAUCUACUUAUUGUCAGAAUAGCAGAGGAUUAUUGGCUUAAUUUAAAAAAAAAAAGAAAAUCAUUGCAAAGCAUCUUCUACCAACAAAUGUUUAAUUGUAUUUUUCAGAAGAGCAGUUGAUCAGAAAUUGGAAUCUGUAAUUCUUCAUUAGUAAAAUAAUAAUGAGACAAGUUUUACUAGUUUGUAAAACUCUUUUGGUUUCUGAAUUGUAUUAACUAUUUAGCAUAACUGUUUUUUUUUUAAAUAGAUUUUGUUUUAUUAAGCCUGAAAUUCCAAAGGUCUUCCCACUGCUUAAAAGCAAUAAAUGGAUAAUUUAUUUGAAUAUUUUUUUUUACAAAAGCCUUUUCUUUAAUUUCUUCAGCAAGUCUGAGAUGGGAUGUCCCAACAUUUAAUAUGUAGUGAUGAUGCUUUUCUUUAGUGUUAUAUAAGAAAACAUGUAUAUAUAUUAUUACAAUGUGAGACUGUAAUUUUUUUUUCAUUACAAUACUUCCCUGUGAAUAUUCAUGAUAUUGGUGAUAGCCUGCAAAACAGGAUGCAAGCUGACAAAAUAAAAUAAUAAGAAGGAUCAGUUAAAUUUUUUAUUCUGUUUGAAUAAGAAUGUGAAUUUUUUUCUGGGUUUUUAUUUUUAAAUGUACAGCACACAUAUGUGAUAUAUAAACAUAAUUACAUUUUUUAUUUCUUUUACUAAAUAAUCAGAUGCAGAUAUUUAUUACUUGUAUGGUUUUUAGGAGAAGGACUUUUAUCAAAGUAAAUAUCCAUAAGAACUGAUUUAAUUAUUUUUUUUUAUUGAGAUCUGCCAUCUAACAAAAUUUUUUUAAAAUUCCAGGCAAUAAAUUAUUUCCAUAGAUCUUAUUUUCUAACCCUUCAGUAUUAUUGUGCUUGCUAUCAACUCUAAGCCUAUUAAACUAGAUAGUGCUUUUUUUUUUUAUAUUUUGUAUCUCCCAUUUGAUUUUGCAUUGAGUGAAUAGGUCUACUAUAGAUAUUUUAUAGCAUACAAUUAUUGUAAUUUACCAGUUUGACUUGAUUUGUAGGUCUUUUUUUUACUCAAUCAGCCAGUAUUAUUACUUCGUCUAUCAGUAUGUAAAAUCUCAAUACACAGAGUCCAAUUUUUAUUGGACCACAUUGGACAAGCUCAAAUUGGGACUAAAUAUUACAAGUUUUCAUCUACAGAAAGAACUAGUCUACAUAAUAGAUCUCUACCAAUUCUUUACUUGAAUAAAAAAAAAUUGGACUUUAAUCUUAACAUGUUUAUAUAAAGAGUUAAAUGUUUUUUUCAGAAUCUUAAACUAACCUUGGGUUCUGGGUUUGAAUCUCUGUGAAUAAUGGAAUUUUGAAUUUCUUGAUUUUUAGGGUGCCCCUUACUCCAUCCAACUCUAAUGUGUUCCUGACUUUUGUUGGGGAAAGUAAAGGCUGUUGGUCGUUAUGCUAGCCACAUGAAUACCUGCUCAUUAACUGUUGGCCGAAGAAACCAAUAAUCAUCUGUCCUAAAGAUCGCAAGGAAAAAUUUAAGACAAUUUCUUUUUCUCCAAAAUAAGUUGUUUUGUCUCUAGUUUCAAACCAAUCAUCAACCAAAAUAAGUUGUUUUGUCUCUAGUUCCAAACCAAUCAUCAGCCAAAAUAAGUUGUUCUGUCGCUAGUUCCAAACAAAUCAUCAGCCAAAAUUGGUUGUUCUGUCACUAGUUCCAAACAAAUUAUCAGCCAAAAAAAGUUGUUCUGUCUCUAGUUUCAAACAAAUCAUCAGCCAAAAUAAGUUGUUUUGUCUCUGUUGCCAACUCAGCAUCAGCAGCUAGUUAGCCUUGUUGUGACACUUGAAUCUACACAUUUUUUUUUGUCUUCAAAUAAAGAAUGAAAUUUAUGUUGGUCUAUACAACUUUAUAACUUCUAUGAAACCAAUGAUUGAACAUUUUAAAUUCUGAGUUCGCAAGUGGGUCAAAUUACUGCAUUUUUAUUUUUUUAACAUUUUUUGGAUCAGAUAUUCUGUUUCACUUACAACUACAGCAUUUAAUUUGAGUCAUUUAUUUUUUUUUUCAAUUAUUGGUUCAAGUGUGAUUUAAAAAAAAAAUAGCAAAUUAGUUAUUAAUACUCUUUUAUCUUUUAUUUCUAUUGUAGUCAUUGUGUUUCUUCUGAAUACAUAGUAACAAUUUUAGUAACUUUAUUUAACAAUUGUAGAAACUUUUAUUUAAUGAUGGUAGAAACAUUUAUUUAACAAUUGUAGUAACUUUUAUUCAAAAAUUUUAGUAACUUUUAUUGACUGUCCAAGUAAGAACUACUAUUUUAAUCAUUCCAUCCAUUUAUUAUUUGAUGUAUUUUUUGUAUAUUUUUUAAAAUUAUUAUAAUUAUAUAAUGAAUAUUUUUUGUAUACAUUUUUAUACUCUAUCAAUAUUUAAUAUUAAAUUUUUUUUUCAGUA